AAGAAAUGGAAAUGAAAGGAAAUAGGAAAUCGAAAAGACAAAACAUUAGUUCCCCGAAUUAUAUCUAAUUUUGGUAGCGAGUUUCUCCCCUCAACGACUCGGUCUCACUCACUCACUCCAUGACUCGGUGCAAACAAUCUUGUUCUUCUUCCGCAACGAAGAAAUUCGAAGUCUUCGAGUUCAACGAAGAUGAAGAGGAGAUCGAGAAGGUCUCGCAGAUGAUGCUUGACAAGUUCACAAACCCUAGCAAGUCUUGCUCCUCCCCCAUUACCAAGUACGAUUUCCUCCAAGCAUUUGCGCGCGGUUCCCAACCUCUAUCCAAGCACGUUACCGGUGAUCCAAUUGACCUUGAUGCCGAAGAAGAAGAAGAAACCAAGUGCUCACAGGAGGAAGUUACCAACAAAUCGUUAGAGGUUGAUGAUGAUGAUGGUGUUGGUGGUUCUGGUACCAGUAUAGAUAAUCAAGACAAAUGUGCUAAUUCAUGUUCAAUAAACAUACCACUACAAAACUGUACUGAUGAAGAGAUCACUGGUUACACUGAUAUCGUGGAAAGUAACUUUGACUUGAAAAACCAGUCACUUGAUAUGGUUUCUGAAGAUGAUGACGACAGUAGUCAAAUAGGUUCUUCAACUUCAAUUUCAAAUCUUUCAGAAUUUGAAGUUAACCUAGAAGACAAGCUAGUGGAGCUUGGCUCUACUGCAUUUGAAAUUAAUGACAUUAAAAAGAUGGUUGAUGUCUUCCCUGAUUUUAUUCAAUAUGAGGAUUUAUAUUCCACUAGGUCGCGGUUAAUAUUCUCAUGCUGCUUCCUGAAACUAGAAGGCUCUACAAUCAAUGGAACUAGGGAAACUUUUAAAAUUGAGUGGGCAACUGAAGAUAUUAUAAAAAUUGAAUCAAGCUGGUUGGGAAAGAUUGAAACAGCCAUGAUCAACCUUCACCUUAAAUCAAAAGAUUCUGGGGAAGCUGGAAAUACGAAUCAAAAUCCAGGUGUGACUACUUUUGAAAAUAAUGUCAUGGAUCAUUUUCUGUGCAUCAGUAUGGAUUUGAUGUCAGUAAUCUGCUUGCUUGUGACCCUGUUCGACUUUAAGCAGUUGAAAUUUGCAGUUUAUGACUCAUGUUGGUUCAAGGCAGAAGCGGCUAUCAAAUCAUUGGAUAUGAGAUACGCAAAUAUGUGGAGUAGUGCUUUUGACAUUGAUACAGAUAACAAUGGAAAUAUUUCUGCAUUGGGGAAGGACAGUUUUUUCUCUCAGAAGCAUUAUUUUACCAUUUUUGAUGAGACUUUUGACGAGGUUAUUUAUCCAAGGGGGGAGCCUGAUGCUGUUUCUAUUAGUAAGAGAGAUGUUGAGCUUUUACAGCCAGAGACAUUCAUUAAUGAUACUAUCAUUGACUUUUAUAUCAAGUAUUUGAAAAAUAAACUCCCAACUGAUGAACAGGACAGGUUUCACUUUUUCAAUAGCUUCUUCUUUCGGAAGCUUGCUGAUUUAGACAAAGAUCCAUCAAGUGCUUAUGAUGGUAGAGCAGCAUUUCAACGUGUACGCAAAUGGACAAGGAAAGUGAACCUUUUUAAAAAGGAUUAUAUCUUGAUUCCCAUAAACUACAGUCUUCACUGGAGUUUGAUUGUCAUUUGUCAUCCUGGUGAAGUUACCUGCUUCAGAGACGAAGAAAUUAAGGAAUCUUCUAAAGUACCUUGCAUCUUGCACAUGGAUUCCCUAAAAGGAAGUCAUAAAGGUCUCAAGAACCUUUUCCAAAGUUAUCUAUGUGAAGAAUGGAGAGAGAGGCACCAAACUGUUGUCGAUGAUGAUUCUUCUAAAUUUUUACAUUUGCGAUUCAUCUCACUAGAGCUGCCUCAGCAGGAAAACUUUUAUGAUUGUGGUCUCUUUUUGCUCCACUAUGUGGAACGAUUCUUGGAGGAAGCUCCCAUCAACUUUAACCCUUUCAAGAUAACAAAGUUCUCCAACUUUUUAAACAGUAACUGGUUCCCUCCGCCAGAGGCUUCUCUGAAACGAUCUGAUAUACAUAACUUAAUUCAUGACAUAUUUGAAAAUAAUUCCUUACAAGCACCUCCUGCUGAUUGCCUUGACAAAGGUCCUCCUUCUGAAGUACCUGGCAUUAUCAAACACAAAGUGGAAACAGAUUCCUUAGGUGGUUGCUGUUAUCCAGCUUUGUGGUAUGGGAAAAAUCCUUCAAAUUCUACUACUGAACUGGAGACUGAUAUUCAGUUCCCAACAGCUUCACCUGUAAGAGUUGCAUCAUGUAUGAGACAACCUGGACUUGUUUCCAAGGACUUGGGAGGGGCCAUUUUAAAUUCGCGUUCUGAUUGUCGACAGAAGUCAGCUUGUCAUCAGAGGGGCUUUAUGUCACCAACGGAGGAAACUGAAGGGUCUUGUGAGGAAACUGCUUUAUCGUUGAAGAGAGUAAGUUCUCAAGCUGGCAUAUUGGCAUCUAAUUUCCCAUCCAAAUCUUAUAUCAGCAAAGAUCAUAGAGCAUCAGAAACAUCACAGCAGGGAUUAUCUGUAAAUUUUGUCGAAGCUGUUGAGGGUCAUUCAUAUUCAAGAACAUCUACUAGUGUACCCUGGAACACAUUCAAUACAGGUACUCAUGAAGACCAGCCUCUCGAGAAAAUUCUAGAGUCUAACAUUCCAGACAAGACAGAUAUUGAGCAUUUAUCAACCUCUGGUGAGGAGCUUGCUGACUCUGUUGUUCAGGAUUCUCAAGAGGGAAAUGAUGGGCAUGAGGUUGAUGUGAGUGUGAAAUCUCGUUCCUCAUUACAGGAAAAUAUGAAUUCAGUAACCGAUCAUAUUUUCGAUUUGGCUCAGAACAUGAUUCUUGAAGAUGAUACUUUAAUUAGGAAGAAAGAGCCACUAGCAUCUGAACCGGGUGAAGGAGAUGCCAAAAGGCCGAAGCUUGUGAAUGCAGGUGGUCCAAGUCGACGAUUAACUAGGGGCAUGUUAAAAGAAGCAUGUCUAACGUCUUGUGAAUAGUGUUUUAGUCGCAGCAGGAUGGUUAUAAGCAAAUUAAAUGUUAAUAUUUGAGAUUACCUAAAAAAAUGUUAAUAUUAACUCGAACCAAAGACACAGGUAGAAGAUAAAUGAGUGAGAUUAAAGCGUAAUGGUCGUAUCGACACAUGCCCCUUGAAAGUGAAUUUAUUUGCUC